AUGGACUUCUCGGAAUGCGAUGGGGAUGCCACGUUUGGGCCGUCGGUCCUGGGUUGUCGAGAUGAUUUCGAUUUUACCAUCACCUUUGAGAAAGCCAUCUUGUCAAUAUUACCUGCCGCUUUGUUUAUCGUCUUCUCACUGCUCCGAGCAGCAUACUUGAUUAGGAGGCCUUCCAUCGUACAAAACGCAACAUUGAAAAUAUUGAAGCUGAUUGUUGCAUUGGCAUAUACUGCUCUGCAGCUGAGCCUUCUUGUGUUAAGUGCCAAUUAUACUUGGUUGCGAUCCUUGUCGGUAGCCUCUGCCUCACUCACCUUCGUGGCUGGUCUCUGUACUGUCGCGCUAUCAGUCUUGGAACAAAUGCGAGCCCCAAGACCGUCGAUGCUAUUGACGGGCUACCUGCUUCUGACGCUUCUUCUUGAUAUUGCUCAAACAAGAACGGUUUGGCUUGCAACUAGCGACCAGGGCCGAGACUAUCUCCCACAGGUUUGGACUGUGUCUACUGUCCUCAAAGCUGCUCUGCUGCUGCUCGAGGCCCAGAGCAAAGCGCGAUGGAUAAGUUGGAAUGCAGAGAAGCACAGUCCGGAAGAACUGACUGGCCUAUUUGGGCUUGGAGCGUUCUUUUGGCUCAAUCAACUGUUCUUCGCUGGAUACAAGAGAGUUCUACAGGUAGGGGAUCUCUUCCCCCUCGACCAAAGCAUGGCAACCGAGGCACUGCAACAGCGAUUUCUAGAAUCAACGAGCUCCUGUGACUCAAAUGAACGAAAAUCCAGCAAACGAAAAAAUGGUACCGACCUCGCAAAGGCCCUUUUACAGACCCUUAGAACCCCAAUCUUGCUGCCCGUCGGCCCAAGACUAGCGUUGCUUACCUUCAAAUUCUGCCAGCCAUUCCUCAUGCGCACCUUACUCGACUUCCUACAACGGCAAGAAGACAAGGAAUCAAAGAACCUUGGGCUCGGGUUGAUUGCUGCUACUGUUCUGAUCUAUCUUGGCAUAGCUAGUUCAACUUCAUUCUACUGGUAUCUCCACGAGCGGGCUCUCUGCAUGUCCCGUGGUUGCCUGGUGAGUGCCAUUUAUAAGAAGACCACUGAGUCAAGGUUGUCAGCGGCCAGCGAUGCUGCUGCUAUUACGUUGAUGAGUUCUGAUGUUGAGCGCAUACGACUGGGUUUCCUGAAUCUCCACGAGUUUUGGGCCAAUAUGAUCGAGGUCGCGCUGGCAAGCUGGCUGCUCGAACGUCAGUUGGGGACGGCCUUUGCCGCACCACUCGUGGUAGUCAUCUGUUGCAUCGUUGCUGGUGCGUACACGAACAGGUUCACGGGCCAAAGGCAGAUGGCCUGGAUGCGCAAGAUUCAGAAACGAGUUGGACUCACUGCCAGCAUAGUCGCGCACAUGAAGCAUCUGAAGAUAUCCGGCCUUGCAAGGCCGGUCGAACGUUUGAUUCAACAAAUGCGUGUUGAAGAGUUGGAGACCGCGUCCAAGUUCCGAAUUAUAUACGUUCUCGUCGUCACCUUCGGUUACGUUCCCACAGCACUCUGCCCCGUGAUGACUUUUGCAUUCACAUCCCGGAUCUUAGACGUCUCGACUAUAUUCACCUCGAUGUCAUAUAUCUUGCUCCUGGCGGACCCGUUAGGCUACUUGUUUCAGAAUACACCCAACCUAAUCGCUGCAUUCGCGUGCUUAGACAGGAUUCAAACAUUCUUGGACCUUGAGCCAUGGAACGAUUACCGGAUAGAAACAGCACUGCGCUCAGGGAAACCAGACUUGGAAAAUUGCUCUAAGGCUGACAACAUUGAAGAUACGUCAGACUACCUAAUUGAUAUUCGUCAUGGUCAGUUUGGUUGGGCACCAGACAAGCCAGUACUGUCAUGCAUCAAUCUUGGUUUGCUUCGCGGCAGUCUCACAAUGAUUGUCGGACCCAUUGGGUCCGGCAAAUCAACCUUAUGCCAUGCAAUUCUAGGAGAGACACCAUUCUUUGACGGGACCAUUGUUGCUGCAUCGGGCGUGCUGUCAAGAAAGGUGGGAUAUUGUGAUCAGUCGCCAUAUUUGACCAAUACCACCAUCCGCAAAAAUAUAAUUGGCGCUUCCCACUUCGACGCACAGAGAUACCAGGAGGUAGUCAUCGCCGCUGCCCUUGAUCAAGACUUGUCUGAUUUACCAUUGGGUGAUCUGACACAGAUUGGCAGUGAUGGGGUGGCUUUGAGUGGAGGACAGAGGCAACGAGUCUCAAUGGCAAGAGCAUUAUAUCUCGAUACCGACUUCUUCAUCAUUGACGACAUUUUGAGUGGAUUGGAUGCAGAGACAGCAGAUCGAGUGUUCCGCAACAUUUUUGGUGUCGACGGUUACCUCAAGCGUAGAAAUGCGACCGUGCUGUUAUGUACACAUAACAUCAAGUACAUGCCAUUCGCAGAUCACGUCGUCGCCUUAAACGCAAAUGGAACUAUCAUGGAGCAGGGAAAUCCUCGUGACAUCAUGUCCAAACAGUUCUAUAUUCAUGAUCUCGAGACUCAGUAUAACAGUGGGUACCAGGACCGCGAGCCGUUCAAUCAGCAGCUGAAGCGCAAUGAUCAUCUGUCUGAUAUACCAGCUGCCUCAACGGAUGCACCAGCGUCAAUUGAAAUGGAAGGCCAGAACCGCAUGAACGGUGACCCCACGGUAUACCGAUACUAUUUCUCCACUCUCGGAACGAGAUCAUUCAUUGCCUUCAUUGUUUUCGGUUUGGGCUGGGGAUUCUUCUACAACUGGGGCAAUGUCUGGCUCAAAUUCUGGUCUGAAGACGUAUCCUCAACCCAUCCUCGACGGUCGAAUAGCUUUUAUAUUGGCCUGUACGCUCUUUUUCAGACAACAUAUGUUCUGUCAAUGUUCUUUGUAUUCCUGAUUUGCUUCACGUCCAUGAUCCAGUUAUCUGGGUCGAAGCUACAUCAGGCAGCUUUGCGAACAAUGAUCGGCGCUCCGUUGACGUUUUUCGGCACAACAGACACCGGACUCGUCACAAACAUGUUCUCCCAGGAUAUGACCUUGAUCGACCACGAACUUCCGAUUGCAGUGACAAACCUGGCUCUAGACAUCUGCAACGCGUUGGGGAUGGCAGCAGUCAUUGCGUCUUCAUCGCCUUACCUUGCUAUCACAUAUCCUUUCUUGUUUAUAGUGCUCUACGGAAUCCAAAAGUUCUACUUGAGGACUUCUCGACAGCUGCGACUUCUAGAUCUUGAAGCAAAGAGUCCGCUUUACACCAAUUUCUUAGACACCAUGAAGGGGCUUGCAACGUUUCGCGCCUUUGGGUGGACACAGGAGGGCAUCCACAUCAACACUCACCUGUUGGAUACAUCACAACGACCGACCUACCUCUUAGCAAUAGUGCAACGGUGGCUAUUGUUCUCUCUCCAGUGCGUGGUGACUGUUCUUGCCGUCGCUGUAGUGGCAAUGUCCACACAGCUAAGGUCAAAUACUGCUCUCACAGGCGCCAGCCUGGUUACAUUGAUGACAUUUGGAGAUAUUCUCAACUAUAUAAUCCGCUGGUUUACUCAGUUAGAGACUUCUAUCGGUGCUGUCAGCCGAUUGAAGAAUUUCAGCGAGAAGGUCAGGCCAGAAACUACGGAAAUAGAGGAUCAGACACCAUCAAGCGAUUGGCCUCUCAGUGGCAGCAUAGAGAUCAACGAUAUCUCUGCGUCGUACGCGGCCACUCGAUGUACGCCUACAAAUGGAGAACAGGAAGAGGUGGGUUGGUCAUCCGCGAACUUGGCUAUCAGAAACAUGACUCUUUCCAUCCGACCGGGUGAGAAGGUCGCAAUCUGCGGCCGAAGCGGCAGCGGGAAAUCUUCUACCAUUAUGCUCCUGCUCAAGCUGCUCGACCCCAUUCCGUCAUGCUCUGGAAGCAUCGUCAUAGAUGGCCUCCCGCUACACAAUAUUGACCGGGCUACACUGCGUGAACGCAUCAUUGCGAUCCCACAGCAACCGGUAUUCCUACCAGAUGGGUCAACAGUUAUGGAAAACAUGGAUCCUCACAAAGCUUCCAACGAAGGCGAAUGUCGAACCGUGCUGGAACUGGUUGGAUUGUGGGGUCUCUUCAGUCAAAGGGGAGGCUUGGCUCAAAGCUUAUUACCGAGUGAGCUAUCGCAAGGGCAGAAGCAACUUUUCAAUCUAGCACGCGCUGUUCUACGUCACAGAAUCCGCCUGCGUGGGCUCGCGGAGAGCCCGGGGCCUACACGCGAGAAGACUGUUGGCGGAAUAUUACUCCUGGAUGAGGUGAGCUCCAGUGUGGACCAAGAUACAGACCGUUCCAUUCAACAAGUGAUCAUGGGAGAGUUCCAAGAUUAUACCAUUGUCAUGGUAAGUCACCGGCUGGAGAUGGUUAUAAACUUCGACACUGUGGUCAUCAUGGACCAGGGCACUGUCGUCGAGACUGGUGCUCCAAGAACGCUAGCUGUAAUGGACGAAAGUCGUUUUGGACAAUUGUGGCGCAUAGGAGGCAGAGCGCAGCGAUAG